CCAUUUUGCUAUAUAAGCAGCACCGCCUUUUCAGUAUCAAAACAAAACCGUUUUCAGCUGAAUCCAAUCCCUUCGCUUCUGCAAUUGCAACGAAUAUGGCAGCAAUUUCACCUCUUAUGCGGAGAUUCUUCUCUCACCGCCCAAGUUGAAUCUGCAGAUGGAGUGCUCUCUGUCGUGUAUGAUAUGAGAUAGUUAGAUUGUAGCUGGUGUAGUAUCGUUAAUUGUUAGAUAAUUCAGCUGUUGAGUGAGAUAUUAUAUGAGUAUGGAGAUGGAAAGUUAUUGGGAUGGAGGGUAUAAGAUAGGGAUUUCGUGAUUCUGUGUUUGGUGGUUUUAGUUGAAAAAGGUUUUGUUGUUUGAUUGGUGAGGUUUGGGUUAUGGUUGUGGGGGAGAGGAUGGGCAAAGAUGAUAUAUUGCUGCUGCCAACGGUGGGACCUCCUAUAAAGAGACGAUUGAGAAGGAAACAAGCUGGAAGAGGCUCCUACAGAGGAAGCUAAGAUUUGGAGCUACACAUCAAAAAGGGGGUGGAUAUAGGGAGUUUCUUGGGUUUCUUUCCUGAUUUAGAGUUGGGGUUGGGGGAUACUGGUAGGAAUUUUAUUGGCAGGGAGACGGAAACAUGGCAAGCCGAUUGCAAGAAGCACUCAGGAGCUUGUGUUUCAACACUGGUUGGGAAUAUGUGGUUUUCUGGAAGCUCAAGCAUCGAUCAAGGAUGAUGUUUACUUGGGCGGAUGCGUAUUAUGAAGGCAACCAAUAUCCUGACAAGAAAUCAACAGCAGGUACCCUGAAUGAAGGUUCUUAUUCACAUGAUCCUUUGGGAUUAGCUGUUGCAAAGAUGUCAUAUCAAGUAUAUUCUCUUGGAGAAGGGGUGGUUGGGCAUGUGGCAGUUUCUGGGAAGCAUUCAUGGAUAUUUUCGGAUCAGCAUGUUGUUGACGCAUCAUUCUCAUCUGAGUAUUAUGGUGCUUGGCAAACACAGUUUUCAGCUGGCAUCAAGACCAUUGCAGUUGUGCCUGUUAUUCCACUUGGAGUUGUACAACUAGGCUCCCUUCAUAAGAUUGCUGAGGAUUUGAAGCUGGUUGACCAUAUCAGAAAUGUUUUCUGUAACAAGCAAGAUUCCUUAGCUGGUGGUAUCCCAACCUCAUUUGAGAAUACUUCUCGGUUAGAUACAUGCAUAAGAGCUUCACAUCCAGCUUUUCAGCAUUGCGUGGCUAAAGUAAAAGGGUCCGAGGAUGAGGUGGAUUUUUGGUCUCAGUUGAUUUCACCGCUUGGGGAGUAUGUUAAUAAUGAUCAUAUUUUGCCUCCAAAGGGGGGGUUUUUAAAUAAAAAUCUGAAAAUGAAGAUGCAUGAAAGUGCAGAAUGCUCGAACCCUGAGAAUGAUAUUCUACUACCCUCAAGUUGUGAAAAUAUCCUUACAAGGCAACAACAAGGAGAGAUGGAAUUUGUUAAUGAUUCAAAACAUGUUGGAGAAUCGAAUGGUGUUGGGAAUUCAGGGAAGAUAGCAGAAGUUAUUUGUGCGGCACCCAUCAAUAAUGUCAGGAUUGAAAAGUCUAGCUUAUGUAAUGAAACCCUACGUACUGAAGGUUCUCAAAUGUUCGCAUCCAAUAUUCCUACAUACAAUAUCAAGUCCCCAGCUUUUCCAGAACUUCCGAGCCUUCAAAUGCGUCUAGAUUCAAACCCAGAAGUACCGAUCAGGCCUAAUUGUGUUGAGAUGCAGACUUCACCUUUCAGUUUCUGUGCUGGCUAUGAACUGUUUGAGGCAUUGGGACCACCUUUCCAGAAACAAAAUGAUUGUGUCUGGGAGGCAGAAAAUAUUGGUUCAGAGAUGGCCGUUGAGAUUUCUAAGGGCAUGAGCAGUUGCAGUCUGCUGAUGGAGAACUCUGAUAUGCACCUUCUAGAUGCAGUGGUGGCUAAGGCGAGUCACAAGGGAGAUGACACAGAAAGUGAGAUGUCAUGCCGCGAUACUGGGGAAUCUCUAUUGACUGCUGACAGAACACCUUGCAAUAGUGUAGGCACUCUGAGUUCGGCAGGUUUUUCAUUUGACCGAGACACGUCAUGUAGCUUCAACUCAGUGACCUACGGUUCUGAGUCUAUGAAAGGUAUCUCACCAACCAGUUCUAGAGGCAGUGAAUAUAUGGAAAGCUCUCAAGUACCAUUAAAGACAUCUAAAAAGAGAGCUAGACCUGGUGAAAGCUGUAGGCCGAGGCCCAGGGAUAGACAGUUGAUCCAAGAUCGGAUAAAAGAAUUGCGAGAGCUUAUUCCAAAUGGAUCGAAGUGCAGUAUUGACUCACUUCUUGAGCGAACAAUUAAGCACAUGAUCUUUAUGCAAAGUGUUACCAAGCAUUCAGAAAAGCUACAUAAAUGCUCUGCGUCAAAGUUUCUUGACAAGGACACUGGUAUGAGGAAAUUUUCACGUAGUGAGCAGGGUUCGAGCUGGGCUGUAGAAGUGGGAAACGACCAAAAAGUAUGCCCAAUCAUAGUAGAAAAUAUAAAUAUGAAUGGGCAAAUGUUGGUUGAGAUGCUUUGCAAAGAAUGCGACCAGUUUCUUGAGAUAGCAGAAACAAUCAGAAGCUUGGGUCUAAGUAUCUUGAAAGGCGUAUCAGAAGCCUAUGGAAAUAAGGCUUGGAUGUGCUUCGUGGUUGAGAAUAACAGAAGCAUGCACCGGAUGGAUGUUUUAUGGUCAUUGAUGCAGCUGUUGCAACCUAAAAUUUCGAGUUAAUCUGCAAGUUCAUUACAAACAACUAACGUUUCCGAUCUCCACUGCUCUGAUGGAGCCAGAGUUAUUUUUGGAGGCUUCUUCUAGUUCCAAGCCAUUGUAACAUUAUUUGUGUGUUGACAAGUUUCCUUUCUCUAUGUGCCAAUGUGUGUAUAUUUUCUUAUGUAAUUUUGAGUGCUGGUGUGAUUUUUUUUCUUUUUUUAGGGUACCUAGUUCUUGUUUUUUUGACCUGCUCUUUAUGUUGCAGCAAUAUGACGUUAUUGAAUGUUUGAUAUGUAUAUGCUUAAGUGAUACGUUUCAUUUUUGCA